CGUCACCCUCGGCUGGAUUGCAGGCUUCGGGACCGUCCAUUGUUGCCUGAGGGUGGGCGUGGCGGCGCCACCUCCUCCGGGAACACUCUUGGGCCCACUGUGCUUGCUCAUCCUGCAGGAGCUGCGGCGCCAAGAUGAGCAGAGAAGAGAACCCAGCCAGCAAACCCACGCCGGUGCAGGACGUUCAGGGAGACGGGCGCUGGAUGUCCCUGGAAACUGAGGACAGCUGGGGUGGUGCUGCCUAAGGAAGCGGGGCAGGUCAGGCCCAGCAGCGCGCGUGCCAUUGACUCCCCCUUUACGUCCCCAAAGCACCAUCGGUUCGUAGCCGACAGCAAAGAUAAGGAACCCGAAGUCGUCUUCAUCGGGGACUCCUUGGUCCAGCUAAUGCACCAGUGCGAGAUCUGGCGGGAGCUCUUUUCGCCUCUGCACGCACUUAACUUUGGCAUUGGCGGUGACAACACGCAGCACGUGCUGUGGCGUCUGGAGAAUGGGGAGCUGGAACACAUCCGUCCCAAGAUUGUGGUGGUCUGGGUGGGUACCAACAACCACGGGCACACUGCAGAGCAGGUGACUGGAGGCAUCAAGGCCAUUGUGCAACUGGUGAACGAGCGGCAGCCCCAGGCCCGGGUCGUCGUGCUGGGCCUGCUUCCUCGGGGCCAGCACCCCAACCCACUUCGUGAGAAAAACCGACGGGUGAAUGAGCUGGUACGGGCAGCAUUGGCUGGCAACCCACGGGCCCACUUCCUGGAUGCAGACCCUGGCUUUGUGCACUCAGAUGGCACCAUAAGCCACCAUGACAUGUAUGAUUACCUGCAUCUGAGCCGCCUGGGCUACACACCUGUUUGCCGGGCCCUGCACUCCCUGCUUCAGCGUCUGCUGGCCCAAGACCAGGGCCAGGGCGGUGUCCCCUUGCCAGAGCCCACACCCUAAGCAUCUGCCUUCCUGCAACAUUAAAUUUUCAUUCUUCAGUCUCCAA